CUGAAUUUCUAUUGACACAAAUGAUUAAUCUUGACUGUUGAGCAAAUAAUUAAGGCCCUCAAAUCUUAUUCUGAACGUGUAUUAAUCUACGAAAGACAAAGAAGUUUUAGUUUGAAGUACGGAAUAAUUAGUAAAGAAUGUUGAAGUCACAUUUCAAUCUUCGGCCCGAUGAUUCGGGAGAGCAAGAAGAGACCGUGGAAGAAGAGCAAGCGAGCGAAGCGGCUGAGGAAGAAAAAGUUGUACAUCCAGUAAGAAAAUUGAACCGGUUCGAAGUUUGUGGAAGACUUAGUCUGCUGGGCAAGACUGCUGAGGGAGAUGGUUACACUUAUUUAAAAGCAAAAUGUACGGGAAUGAGUUUGACAGACAUAUCGGGAUUAAAAUAUUACAAACACUUGCAAUUCGUCGAUGUUUCUGAUAACCAUUUGGAUCUGGAUGCCCUACAAGUACUUACCGAUUUACAAUUCCUAGUACUGAUACACGCUGACAAAAAUAUCCUACACUCGGCUGCACUGAAGAAGAUGAAAUAUCUCCAAGUGAUAAUUAUGAACUACAACUUAAUAACUUCAGUUCACGACAUCUACCAGCCAGAAUUAUCCACAUUAGAGGUCGGAUAUAAUAAGAUAGAAAGAGUAUCCUUUGACAAUCGUAUGCCUAAUAUAAAAUGCCUUGAUUUUCGGUACAAUACAAUUGAAGACAUAUCUAAUUUAGAUUUUCCUAAAUUAGACAGUCUAUAUUUGGCUGGCAAUAAAAUAACUAGUUUGGUUGGUAUAGAACGAUUAGUUAAUUUGAGAAUAUUACAUAUUAGAUACAAUCCUAUUAAGUCACUGAAUGGUUUUGAUGCAUGCCUAGCAAAAUUGCAAUACAUAAAUCUGAGAAAUUGUAAGAUUGCAUCAUUGAAACAGGUUAAGAAGUUGAAGGUGUUAACAGCUUUGGACACACUGGUGAUGAAAGGUUGUCCUUACAUGGGAGGUAGCGGGGAAGAAAAUGCAGACUUAGGAAACGAGGAAGAAGACACAGAAGUGAGAAUUGAAGUACUCGCUGCGUUACCCAGGCUCAAAAGGAUUAACAAAGGCGUAGUUACACCAGAGGAGAGAGCCGAAGCUAAAGACUUGAUGAUGCAAUGGCUAGAAGAAGGAGACAAAGAUGAAGAAGAGAUUGAUGAAGAGAUCAAUGAACAAGAGUCUAAUGCUGAUUGAUGAUUGAAUUUCAUAAAUCCUUAAGUAAAUAAGAUAAAAUUUAAUAAUGCCACAUAAAAAGUAUAAAAGAUAAUCUCUAAAAUAUAUGGUCUAAUUUACUGUCCUAUGGCACAUUGUUUAUAUUAGUUCUCUCACUAUUAGAGCCAUAUCUUUUAAUCAAUAUUGUUUAUUAAAAUAUAUUUUACUUUUAACAUGAA